AUGACGAUUUUGAUGACCAAGUACAAGAACAAUUCCGAACCAAGGGGUCGUGCACUCAUCAUCAACAAUAAGACAUUUUCCGUGGACUGGCUUCCAAAACGUGAUGGUACCGAGGUAGAUGUUGAUGCCUUGAGGAAACUCUUCAGUUACCUCCAUUAUGAGACAGACGUUGUCAAUGACCUGACUGCAAAUGAAAUGAAGGAAGAAAUAGAACAAGAAAGUCGAAGAGACUAUCACAAGAACUACGAUUCUUUCAUCUUGUUUCUACUGAGCCAUGGUACCAAGGGUGCUGUUUAUGGAACGGAUGGCUAUCAAUUGCCCUACAAAUAUAUUAAGACCAUUUUGAAUAACAAGAACUGUCCCGGCCUGAGGGGCAAACCGAAAAUGAUAUUUAUUCAGGCUUGCCAGGGAAGUAAGUUAUGGGAUAUAAAGGGCAGUGGGUCACUGCCGGAUGGGCAAACAAUUCAACAGCCACAGCAAGCACCACUUGAAGCAAACUUUGGCGAUGAGAUACCCGAUGCGCCACACGAGUCAUUCGCUGAUCCGAUCAUGUCCGAUUUUCUCGAGGUCCAUGCGACAUCACCAGGUACUUCGGCCGUGUCGCUUUGUAUGCCAUUUUAA